GGGUCGGCGGUGCCCUGACAUUGAUGGGCUGCGUCAGGGAAGCGUCGCCCCCGCCGCAGAAUCAUCACCAUCAUCAUCAUCAUCAUCAUCAGAAUCAACAUCAACCUCGGACGCUCGGCCUCGGCGAGUACUCCGCGCAGAACAGCGUCGAUCCGCUUCCAAAAGAGCCGAAGAAGCGUCGCUUCCAUCCGCUUCGUGGCCUGAGGAAGAUCUUCCGGCGUAAGAGCCGAGGGGCGGCGGAUGCUCGAUUGGUCGCUGGCCAUGCUGAUCAUCGGGACGCGGAGCUGGUUCGGCUCCCGAGGGAGGACAUCACCGACAGACAUCCUGCGGGACGUCCCGAGGAGGCUCGCAGCAGGAGUGCCAGCGAGCUGCUCACAGACUCGUCCGAUCGGGAGAGCGGACAAACCGCGUCGAAGAGAUGCAGGCUGACGGCAUCGUCCAAGUCCCGCCGUUCCUUCAAACACGUGUUCCUCAGGAGGACCGGCGUGGAGGAUUCGUUCGCAAAGCUACGGGGAGGAGCGGGAAAAUUGUCCGUAUCGCACGACAGCGUUUUCCCCGGAGAGGUCCCUCACACUCGGCCUCUCUCGUCAUUGGCCAGCCUAGCUACCCUCGAGCGGAGACAAACGAGAAAGAGCAACGAGAUCGAGCACAAGGAGUACAAUCAACACGUGGUCCAGAGGCACAGGAUAUCUCUUCGGGUGCUCGAGCAAAUAAAGACGGUCAUAGAGAACCGGAACCAGUUAGCCUCGGCGACCUCCUCGGAUACCACGAGCGCUGCACAUGCGGUCGGUGAACGUUAUCAGCAGGAAACCGCCGAGAAUCGUGUCAUCGGCCUGGAGAAGCAGGAGAGGAACGGAGAGGAAACCCAAGCGAAGGGCAAGGUCGAGGAGAAGAGGUUCGAGUCGACAAGAUCGACGUGCAAGAUCGAGGAUCGGGCAAGAGCGAAGCCAGAGAGCCGACGCGCGAUCCCUCAGGCGACGAAAGAACAAUCGGUUCGGGCCGAGGAUACGAUCGAGGUAAUCGAUCAGAUCGCUUCCAGUGAUGAUUCUUGCCUUAUCGGAGGCGCGUUGCACGUUACUAGAUAUGUUGCACGAACGAUGCAGGAUAAGAAGACGGCAGAGGAUGACUCGGCAGGAUUCGUCAGACAGUGCAGGAUCGAGGAUCGAGGAGCGCGCUCGAAGCCGGAAACGAGACAGAGGAUCCCGCCGGUGAUCAAAGACACACUGGCGAGUCCACGAGCCGAGGAGGCGAUCGAGGGUUCGAAAUCACCAAAGGACGCCGUCGAUCGUGUCACACCCGUGGCCAAAGAAGAUUUACCGCAACUGGAAAGCGCCAGCUUGAACCACACGGCGGCGCACCAUCGGAUCUCGGUGAGGCCUAAAAAUCGGAGGCCACCGAGGCGCACCGGCUCGCAAACCGCUAACACGUCCACGUCGACGAUCACGACGAUAGCGGAGGACUCGUUGGACAGCCUGGGCCAGCAGAACAGCAACGCGUCCUCGCCGACGGAGUCGAAGAACGCAUCCGUCACGAGGAAAUCGUCGAGCAGGUUGUCGCGCACGUCGGACAUCUUCGAGGAGCUGGAAGCCAAGCUACCGAGGAAACCGUCAAGCGUGGCCUCCCUGUCCCCGGACAGUCUGGACGCGGUGUCCGGCUCGAGGACGAGCGUCGAGGUGAACGAAGAGCAGCCGGAUGUUCGACCGGUCGUCAGAAAGCCGUCAAAUCGAACGCCGAAGAACACGGAGAUGUUCGAGGAGCUGGAGUCGAGGCUGCCACGAAGGAGAUCCUCCAACCGACUGUCCAAGUCGCCGGACAGCCUGGAAGUGGCGUCCAGCUGGUUCUCCAAGUCCACCGAGGGCUUCGACAAACUAACGGAGUACGAGGAGGCGAAGCCGGUGACGCGGCGACUGUUGAACCCGAUCUCCAAGUCGACCGAUCGCGUGUUCAAGUCGUCCGACAGUCUGGAAGCGAUAGAGGCGCUCACCAGCGACGAGUCGUUCGAGCGUAGGAGAAGCAGCUUCGAGCUGCGCGCGCGUAGAUCCUCCAAGAGCAUGUCCAAGUCGUCGGAGAGCUUCGAGGUUUUGGAGCAGACGCAGAUGGUCGGUACGGAGACCUCGGCUCUGCAGGAGAGCCUGCAGAAAAGGAGCAGCAUCUCGGAUAUGAAUCUGUCGCGCGGCAGAAGGCUGUCCAAGAGCAUCUCCAAGUCGUCGGAAGAUUUCGAGAGGAUCGAGAUAAGCGAGCUGAAGGACGAGGAGGAGAACGUUGUCGUCAGAGACAGUUUCGGCAAUUGCCGCAGGAGAUCCUCGAAGCGAAUGUCCUCCGAGAGCUCGGACAAUCUGGAGUCGGACGAUAAAUUGGAGAACAGGCGAGCGAGGAGGACGCCGAUGAGAAUACCGAGCACCAGUUACGUGGACAUCGUCCCGGCGGAUAGCCAGGAGCAGGAGGAAGAGAAGAGACCGAUCGCGAUGAGGAAACCAUCCAGGCUUCAGAAGUCGUCCGAAAGCUCGGAGCUCGGCAGCACCGAUACUUUGGACUCCGAGAGAAGGAACAAGUCGUCCGAGAGUACAGAAACUCUGGACAGCCUGGAGAGAGACAUGGACCAGGAUAGGAAACAGGAGGACCUUACGGACGCCGUUGCGGACAGACGCGACAAAAAUGAUACAUGGACCAAUAAACCUCUAAUGACGUCGCAUUCGGAUCAGAUCUCAAUGGCGGACGGCAUGGCAGAGGACUCCCGAUCGUUGAUCUCGCCGGACAAAUUCUACUGGCGUCAGACGUCAGAAUCGAAGGAGAACAUCGACAUACACCAGCUGCUAGCCAUCACGAUAGUUACCAGAAUGGCCGACAACGGCAAUAACCAACGAAGCUCUGUGAUUUACCCUAAGAAGAAGCAACAGAUCACCACGUCGCAGCCUACCUCGCCAGUCGCCAAACAAGAAGACAACAAGAUGAUCUUCGAUAAUCUUCUCGUCAGCAAGAACGACGAGGAUUUGCAGAACAUGUUGAACGGCAAUAUAUCCGAGGUGUCCACCGAUACGAAGAGUUUCAAGGAGAAGCUGAUCAUGUUCGAGAAACUCGGCAAAUGAACGCUACACGUAUCGGCAAAUGAACGCCACAUACGCAUACAUACACACACACGUACAUAUUGAUUAAUUAACAACAGGCACGCGUUUGAUUUUCGCGAGAGGUGAAGAAGGAUCGACGAUCGAAAAGAAAACACACACUCUGGUCGGAAACCAUGGCGAAGGUCUUGUUUUCCUCUGUCAACUAUUUUACACGUAGAUUUCAUUUGAAUAGACUGGAGAUACGAACGAAGACGUUCGGCUGGCUAACAAAACUACAAGGCGGACAAUAAUUGUAAAAUUGUUUACUUCGAACUUUUAUAAUGUUUUUUCAUCAUCGAGGCGUUCAUCUUCGUUUCUCACCUUUGCAAACACCAGAGAACAAAAGAAGGAAAAAAGUUACAAAAAGAUCAUCAAUAUGUAAAACGAUUUGUUUUCAAGUUCGUCCGUGGCAAGAAAGUUGUAAGGUCAAUAACGUUUGUCGGAGCGUAAUUACUCGUUCAGUCGCCCGUGUAUUAUUUAACUUCCUCCGGUUGCAGUCGUCUUUUCUUCCUUGUUCUUCUUCGUUUCUUUUUCUUUCUUCCGUUCGUAACAAAAGUCGCAAACACAAUAAGAUUGCCGGUCUAAUGAUGCAGUAUUAGAUGGUGCGCGAUAUCGCGAAGCAAUGUACUCGCGCGUCACACUUGCAAAUUCAUCGCGUGUUUUAGGAGCUUAGUGUUUCUUGUUGUACAGUAGCUUAGAGUAUCGCGCCAAUAAAUGUCGUGUUUUCGUUCCGCCGUGUAUAUACGAAGAGAAAAAAAAAAGAAAAAAAAAGACCCCCCGGUUGCAGAAUUAGAUACGAACGAAUGGAGUAACGAACAAAACGAGAGAGUAUACCAGAGGAAGAAAA